AUGGAAACUAAUGACCCAGAAUUAUCUUCUACAUUGGAAGGUGACCAGUCAAAGGGUGACCAACCAACGGCGGAGGUCGAAGUAAUUAUUGAACAAGCCUCUACUCCCGUUCCUAAUAAUAAAACGGAGGAAGUUCAACAACAAACAACUCAGAUCUCGGAACAACCGACACAAACUACACAGAAUAAAUGUGAAGUAACCGAUAGGCUUACUGCUAAACUUGGUUUAACCGCGGAAAGUCCUCAACAUACACCAAAAAGACCUGAUAUUCAUUUAGAUAUUCAAUUGAAGAAUAAAGAAAAUAAUAUUGUAUUUUUUCCGGCUUUAUGCGAAGCGGCUGGCUUCACCAUGUUAAAAACGCCACCACGUUAUGUGUCAGCUUCCGAGUCUGCAGGUUCAGAAACUCCUCAUUCAGACUGGUCUGAUAAUGACACUCAAAAUGAGUUUUCUUCACCUAGACCAAGCACUUCUAAUGAUCCUUUACCUCCUCCUGUAAACGAGGAAAGUAAUGAAUUCUUUAAAAAGAUUUUAGAAAACGCGGAAAAGUAUUCUCAAGAAGAGAAAUCUAAAGAAAAAUCUCCUAAAAAAAGAAAAGAGAAAGUCAGCAAAAAGGAGCAAAAUUAUGAUGUUAGUGAUCCGUUUAUAGAUGAUAGUGAUUUGGCACCAUUUCAACGAGAUUGUGGAAGUAUUCGUCCUUCUGUUGAAGGAUUUUUUGUAUGGAAAGGACCUUUGUCGUUGCAAGGAACGGUAGAGGAAGCUGAAGUUGGAAGGAAGAGGUCAACUAAGCGUAGGUCCAAAAAUGUUGAAGAUAAGGAUAAACCACCACAGGGUCGCAAGAAGCGUACCGCGAAGCCUAAAGAAGGAGAAGAACAAGAAGGUGACGACAAUACAACCACCAAAGUCAACAAACCUAAGAGAUCAUAUAAAAAGGCCAAGUUGACUAUUGAGACUAAAUUACAAGAUACUCAAUCGUCCAUGACACAGUCAUUCACAAAUUUCUUUCCGACUCCUGUCAUCAAUGUCACUCCUAAACCGAAAGAUUUCGCAACAGCACUUAACAAUGCUUUCCCACUGAAUUCGCCUGAUAGACUUCUCACUAAUGUAAAUCACGAAACACCUAAAACGCCAACUUUCAAUAAGGUCAUUAUACCCGAUCCAAAUAAAACUCCAGGAAAAAAGAAAAAAGUUUAUCCUACAGAUCCUAUCCGUCCAGAAAUACAAGCACUUGUAGAAGAUUUCAAGGCUAAGGUGGAUAAUGAAACGUUCGAGAUUAAGUCGAGAUUUCCACCAAGUCUCAAACCUCCAUUGAUGGAAAUUUUAACAAAUGCAUAUGAAUGUUCUCAAUUUAACGAAAAUCUUUUCAAGAUAUUGACAAAUAUUUUACCCUAUAAUAAAUUCACUCGACUUUGUCAAAGGACCUUGUAUCCUAAAACAAUAAUCGAAUUACAAAAUGCCAAGGCGGAGCUGAUAGAACAUUUAAGAGCUGCCGUUGAGGAAGCAAUGCCUCUACUCAUUGAGGAGUAUAAUGAACGACAAGCCACGCGUGCCUUGUUAGAUUCCACAACACCUAUUGAAUCCAUUAUGGAUAUUGAUGUCGAAACGGAUCAAUAUCAAGAUGCAGACGUAGAAACCAAAUCUGAUAGUCGUUCCGAUGGUAUUAAAUCUGACAGCAGCUCCAAUACGGCUAGAUCUAGGGAUCCUUGUGGUAAAAAAUUCAGAUGGGAAGAAACCACAAGGUCUCUGUUAUGGAAAAUAGUUCAAGCGGAAAUGUCAAUUGUUGUGAUGAGUAAUGAUUUGUGGUAUGUAUUAGAGGAGGAAGCGGAGGAAAAGUCUGAAAGAUAUUCUGAACAGACACAGAGAAAACAUCUAUAUCAGAAUUUAUUGACAGUUUGGCCAAGCGGUUGGAUGACUUCAUACGAGAUAGCACGUGUAUAUAGUGCAUAUAAACGAUAUCUUAGAGAUCGACCUCCUGCAGCUUCUACUUCCGCAUCUGCAACUUCAACAACUUCAACAUCUUCAUAA